GCGGGCGGCUACUUCGAGACUCCUUUUAGUUUUGGCAUGAAUCAUAGGACACCACCCUACCCCGCUGGGGAUUAUUGUCUUCUAUGCAGAAGUGAACGGAAAGACUCUUCAUUAUUAGAGAGUGGCGUUAAGACUGCGAGCAAAUUGGCCCUGUCCAUGGCUCCCAAGGGGGACAGCGUGCUGCACCUGCCGCUGUGGGUGUGCCCAGACUGCCGGAGGACCGUGGAGGAGGAGGAAAGGCACGGCAGCCUUGACCAGCCGCAGGGUCAAGAUCUUCUUCUUCAUUCACCACUGGGGGGCUCCCAGACAGAGGCCAGUGGUCCCAACAGGCUGACGUUGGGUGGGCAGACACUGACCCCCACAGGGCUGGGCACCGUGCCCCCGGACCCUGCCUGCUCAUGUGAGGCCUGCAGCGAGCGCAGAGACAUCUCAGCAGAGACGGACCGGGAACCACAGCAGCUGCAGAACUACUGGUCGGAAGUACGCUACAUGGUCCGAUGCAUAUAUCGCCAGGCAGGGACCCCGCUGGCAGAUGACCAGGACCAGACUUUGGUACCUGACAAGGAGGGAGUGAAGGAGCUCGUGGAUAGGCUCUGUGAGCGGGACCCCUACCAGCUGUACCAGCGGUUGGAGCAGCAAGCCCGGGAGUAUGUGUUGGAAAUGAAGGUCCGCCUGCUCCGGCACCUGUCAGCCGCUGCGAAGGCAAAGGCCACUUCCGGCCUGCAAGGCCCGCCACAAGCACAUCACUUCGUCUCCCUCCUCCUGGAGGAGUACGGGGCCCUCUGCCAGGCUGCACGCUCCAUCAGCACCUUCCUCGGCACUCUGGAAAACGAACACUUGAGAAAGUUCCAGGUGACCUGGGAACUGCAUAAUAAACAUCUGUUUGAAAAUCUGGUCUUUUCAGAGCCACUUCUCCAGAGCAGCUUGCCAGCACUGGUGUCGCAGAUCAGGCUAGGGACCACCACACAUGACACCUGCAAUGAGGACACGUAUAGCACCUUGCUGCAGAGGUACCAGCGCUCUGAGGAGGAGCUGCACAGAGUUGCUGAGGAAUGGCUAGAGUGCCAGAAGAGGAUCGAUGCCUAUGUGGAUGAGCAGAUGACAAUGAAAACUAAGCAGCGUACACUAACAGAAGAUUGGGAGAUAUUUAAGCAAAGGCGAUUUAUUGAAGAACAGUUAACUAAUAAGAAAGUGGUUCCUGGCGAGAGCAACUUCACAGACACCGUGAGGCACGUGCUGUCAUCCCGGCUGAGCCUGCCCGACUGUCCCAACUGCAGCUACAGGAGAAGAUGUGCUUGUGAUGACUGCAGCCUGUCACACAUCCUCACUUGUGGUAUCAUGGACCCCCCGGUCACUGAUGACAUCCACAUUCACCAGCUACCACUGCAAGUGGACUCUGCUCCCGACUAUCUCUCUGAGACGCGCCCACCUAGCACGUCCUCCGCCAGCUCAGGGUCAGGCUCCAGCUCUCCCAUCACAGUUGAGCACCAUCCCAGACUCAUCCUCACAGACAAUGGCUCUGCACCAACUUUUUGUAGUGAUGAUGAAGAUGUCGCACCGCUGUCAGCAAAGUUUGCUGACAUCUACCCAUUGAGCAACUACGAUGACACUGAGGUGGUGGCCAACAUGAAUGGGGUCCACAGCGAGAUGGAUGGCGGUGGGGAAAACCUGGCCCUGAAAGAUGAGUCUCCUCAGGUAAGCAGCACUAGUAGCAGCUCUUCAGAAGCUGGUGAUGAAGAAGCAGAUGGUGAGAGUAGUGGGGAGCCCCCAGGAGCCCCAAAAGAAGAUGGGACCCUAGGAAGUGGAAGCCCCAGGGCCGAGGAGAGGAGCGGGGACACCCCGCCCCCGUCCCACCCAGCUCAGCAGGCUGAACAAACUCCAAACACUUGUGAAUGUCAUGUUUGUAAACAAGAAGCUUCUGGACUGACCGCCGCAGCAAUGACGGCUGCAGCCCUGCCUCCUGGCCAUCAGUUCCUGAGCCCAGAGAAACCCACACACCCCGCGCUUCACCUGUACCCCCACAUCCAUGGACAUGUACCCUUGCACACCGUCCCCCACCUGCCUCGGCCACUUAUCCACCCUACCUUGUAUACAGCGCCCCCUUUCACACACAGUAAGGCUUUACCGCCAGCACCUGUUCAGAACCACACAAAUAAACAUCAGGUAUUCAAUGCAUCUCUUCAAGACCAUAUUUAUCCGAGCUGUUUUGGGAAUACUCCAGAGUGGAAUAGUUCUAAGUUUAUAAGUCUUUGGGGAUCAGAAGUGAUGAAUGAUAAGAACUGGAAUCCUGGCACUUUCUUGCCAGAUACAAUUUCUGGAAGUGAUAUAUUAGGGCCAGCACUCUCAGAAGCAAGACCUGAAUCCCUUCCACCUCUACCUAGCAAUGAAGCUCCAGACAGCAAAGAGAAAAAAAAUGCUGCGAAAAAGAAGUGCUUGUACAAUUUCCAAGAUGCUUUUCUGGAAACGAAUGAAGUGGCCAUGGCCACCUCCUCGGCCACGUCCUCCGUGUCAAGUACGGCCACCACGGUGCAGUCCAGCAGCAGCCAGUUCAAGGUGUCGUCCAGGAGGCCGCCUUCCAUAGGUGAUGUCUUUCAUGGCCUCAACAAGGAGGACCACCGGCACCCUGCACCCGUCGCCCCGAGGACCAGCCCCACAGGCCUCGCCCCCCUUCCAGGCCUCACCCCCACCGCCCUUUCCCCUGCCUCUGCGCCUCACCUCACCAACCUCGCAGCCCCGUCAUUCCCCAAAACUACAAGCACAGCGCCUGCAUUUGUGGAUUCACGGAAGAACUUGUGCCCCGCCCCUGUGGCCCCCCCGCCCUCCACUGGGGAUGGCCCUGUCAGCGCUCCACCCAGUGUCUGCAGUGACCCCGACUGUGAAGGACACCGCUGCGAGAACGGCCUCUUCGACCCACAGCGGGAGGACGGCGAAGAGAGUGCCGAGGAGGACAGCUGCUCCGAGCACAGCUCUAGCACCUCCACCUCCACCAACCAGAAGGAAGGCAAAUACUGUGAUUGCUGCUACUGUGAGUUCUUCGGACAUGGUGGGCCUCCAGCUGCACCAACGAGUAGAAAUUAUGCAGAAAUGAGGGAAAAGCUUCGCUUACGGCUGACCAAGAGAAAAGAAGAACAACCUAAGAAAAUGGAUCAGAUCACAGAACGAGAAAGUGUUGUUGAUCACCGAAGGGUGGAGGAUUUGCUACAGUUCAUCAACAGCUCAGAGACCAAGCCAGUGAGCAGUACUCGGGCGGCCAAGCGGGCCAGGCAUAAGCAAAGAAAGCUAGAAGAAAAGGCACGCAUGGAAGCCGAGGCCCGGGCACGGGCACAUGUGCACCUCCAAGAGGAGCAGAGGCGGCGUGGGGAAGAGGAAGGAGAGGAGGAAGAGGAGGAGGAGGAGGAGGAGGAGCAGCAUUUCAAGGAGGAAUUACAGCGGCUUCAGGAGCUUCAGAAGCUAAGAGCUAUAAAGAAGAAGAAGAAGGAGAGGCCAAGUAAAGACUGUCCCAAGUUAGACAUGCUUGCUAGAAAUUUCCAGGUAGUGACAGAGUCUGUCCCUAACUCUGAAAACAUCCACAAUGGCUCACUAGAGCAAACUGAAGAACCAGAAACCUCAUCUCACUCCCCUUCCAGACAGGUGAACCACUCAGAGCCCGGUCCGGGGCCAGGAGCUGAUGGGGACCCUACAGACCCCCUGGACCCUAGAGACUCCAAGCUUCUGCUCGCCAAGGAAGUCAGUGGGAAGCAGCCUGAGCCCCUUGCUUUUCUCUUCGACAUGAUGCAUCAUCACAAAGAGGGGAACGGCAGACAGAAGCUCAAGCACACCAGUAAAGCCAGCAGCGAACCUCCUAGGAAGCUCACAGAGCCCCCCAAAGUUAUGGAGGGGCAUCCCAAGCCUCGGACCCAGACUGAACCGAAGGCUAAGAUGUUGGAUCUGGCUCCCUUAACUGAGCAGAAGAGAGAGGAGAGGAAAAGCAACAGUAACAACAAUAACAAGAAGCAGCUGAGCCACCUGAGGGAGGAGAGGUUGAACCCCGCCCCUCCCCUGAGCCACCUGAAGGAAGAGAGAUCGAACCCGGCCCCUCCCGAGUCGCCCUCUCCCAGCCAGCCUCAGCCUCAGCUGAACGGCCGGCCAACCCCAGCGGAUUCUCCUCAGCCUAAGGGCAAGAGCAAGAAAAGUAAGAAGAAGAAAGGAGACCGAGCCAGCAGUUCAAUUGAUGAUGUCUUUCUGCCUAAAGACAUUGACCUGGACAGCGUGGACAUGGAUGAGACCGAGAGGGAAGUGGAGUGUUUCAAAAGGUUCUGCUUGGACUCUGCUAGACAGACCCGACAGAGGCUGUCCGUCAACUGGUCCAACUUCAGCCUGAAGAAAGCCACCUUCGCGGCCCACUGAGCGGGGACUGCCUGAGAAGGACGUGGGGAAGCAGCCGGGCUGCGCCACCCCUCGAGCCACGCCCGGCCCGGCCCCCCGCGCUGCAGGGCCCGCCUGGGGCGCGCCGGGCACCGGCCGAGGGCUCCUGGGCCGUGCGCAAGUCCUCUGCAAGCGAGCAGCGAGCGGGGCCUGCCUGAUGGCUGCUCUGUGUGGGACUGGAAAGCCUCCACCCCGCGCCUCGGGGCGGGGCCCGCGUCCCCACUGGCCUCCUGACCUCUGCACCCACCCAGUCCUGUCAUCUGUCCCCAGGGUGUCAGCCUGUCCCUCCGCUCCUGUGCGCCCUGUGGCCCGCCCUUGGCGGGCUGGCGGGCAGGCCGCCGCUGCCCCCCAGUCUACUGUCUCUGAGUGUACACGUUGCGCUGUGUGUGUUUGACCCCUGACUUGUAGCCAGCUUGUGUAAGAUCCCUUGCAGAAUGAGAACGUUAAAAUCAAAAACCCACCCAGUACUCACACCAUCCAGUCUGUUCUAGAGCGUACGACCGUAUUAACACGGAGGCCUGCCUGGCUACUUUUUUAACAUAUUGUUAAGUAAUAUUAAAAUCAUGUCUUUCUUUUUGAAAGAUGGAAUACAUUAGUACAGCAGGA